CUUUAUUUAUGUAGUUAGUAAUUGUUUCGUGUUAAAUCAGCGCGUUCUCUGUGUUUUCUUAUUAUUUCUAAACAAUUUGGUGUUUUUUAUGUUUAAACAAGCAAAAUUAUUUGUAGUUAAUAAAGAAAAUAUGCUAGUGUUUUGUGUAACAACAUUAUCAUAAACAAGUGUAAAAUAGAAAACAAAGAGUUCAUUAAGAAAAUCUAGAUUGUAGAAGUAGAGAAGAAAAAUGUCUUUGGCCUCAACACUGGCACUAAUUUUUACUGUCUUAGCUUCUGUAACAAUAGUUGCUGCUAUCAUAUUAUUGGGCUGGUUCCUAAUUUGGAAAGCAUUCUUGUCUAAAUUCAGAUUAGUACGAGAACUUUUGGGACAGACAAAUCCAGACGGCUCACCGGCAACACCAGAAAAAACAUCUAACUCAAUAAGCGGUACACAAUCACAUGCAAAAAUUAGAAAAAUAAGAAAAGACUAAACGGCCACUUAAUUUUCUACACUAAAUAUAUAAAACGUAUUGAGCACUAAUAACCACAACAACA